GAAUAGAAUUAAGUCUUACUAUAAAUAGUGUGUAGAUUCAUCGACCAAUUGGUCUAAAUGGGAAGAGACUCAAGUCUCUUAAGCAAGUGGUAUGGGUUCCAUCCUGACUCUUGUGUAAGAAGAAAAUUGGGUUAGGAGAACACACCUUGAGUGUCUCACAUGUUCUUCAACGGAGAUUGGCUACUAUAAAACGACAGUGAAAACUUGUACAAAAAAAGAGUGUAGAUUCAUUGUAUUGCAUCUUUAGUAAAUAAUAAUGAGUUGACUCUAUAUUUGACCAAACUUCUUACGCACUUUGCUCAUCAUUAGUAUCCUUGCAGUGAGUAGAAUCAGCUAUGCAACAUUACUAAUGCUUAGAACCUGAGAAGAUCGUCAUCAUAGAAGGUUCAACAUGGCUGGUGGAGGACUCAAAGCAGACGCACCAGAAAUGGAUGUUGAGAGCAAGAUAACACUCUCAGUUGUCAUCACUUGCAUUGUUGCAGCAUCUAGUGGACUCAUUUUUGGAUAUGACCUUGGAAUUUCAGGAGGUGUUACUACGAUGAUGCCAUUCCUUGAAAAAUUCUUUCCUGAAGUCCUUGAGAAGGCUGCAAAAGCGGAAUCAAACACAUAUUGUGUGUAUGAUAGUCAAAUGUUAACAUUAUUCACGUCCUCACUGUAUCUAGCUGGGUUAGUAGCUUCUCUAAUAGCUAGUCGAAUCACAUCCACACUGGGACGUAGAAACACCAUCAUGUUGGGGGGUAUCAUCUUUCUUGUGGGUAGUGCCAUUACUGGAGGUGCUCAAAAUAUUACUAUGCUCAUUAUUGGUCGAAUACUUCUCGGCUUUGGAAUUGGUUUCACUAAUCAAGCUUCUCCAUUGUACCUUUCGGAAAUCGCUCCACCAAAAUGGCGAGGAGCAUUAGGCACAGGGUUUAAUUUUUUUAUGCAAGUUGGCGUUGUGGCUGCGGGGUUCAUAAACUUUGUCGCUGCAAAACACCCUUGGGGAUGGCGAAUCUCUCUUGGCUUAGCCGUGGUUCCAGCAGCAUUGAUCACUAUCGGCGCCUUAAUUAUAUACGACACACCAAACAGUUUGGUGGAGCGUGGGAAGAUAGAUGAAGCCAGAAAAGCUUUGCAUGAAAUCAGAGGCUCAGACAAUGUUGAACCAGAGUUAGAAGAACUUGUUAAACAGUCACAAUAUGCAAAAUCUUUGAAGCAAGAGCCUUUUUUGACCAUAUUGGAGAGACAAUAUCGACCUCACUUGGUGAUAGCAGUUGCUAUUCCGCUUUUUCAACAACUCACGGGGAUCAACAUGGUUGCAUUCUAUGCACCUAACCUUUUUGUAUCGAUUGGCUUUGGUCACGAAGCAGCUUUGCUUGGUAACAUUAUACUUGGACUUGUUAACAUUGUUUCAGUCAUCGUCUUCUCAACCAUUGUUGAUCGGGUUGGUCGAAGAGUCUUGUUCAUCAUAGGUGGCAUUCAGAUGCUUAUCAGUCAAAUUGCGGUGGCUAUUGUGAUGGCAACGGCGACUGGUGUUCAUGGAACAGGUAGCAUAUCGAAGGGAAAUGGUACAUUGUUAUUAGUGUUGAUGUGUUUCUACUCUGCAGGUUUUGGUUGGUCAUGGGGUCCUCUAUUAUGGAUAAUUCCAAGUGAAAUUUUUCCUUUGAAAAUCAGAACAACUGGACAAAGCAUAGCUAUUUCUGUGCAAUUCAUAACUAUAUUUGUGUUGUCUCAGACAUUCUUGACAAUGUUAUGUCACUUGAAGUAUGGUGCUUUCUUGUUCCAUAGUGCUUGGAUUGUUGUCAUGACCCUCUUUAUUAUACUCUUGUUGCCUGAAACCAAAGGACUUCAUUUGGAUUCAAUCUAUGACAUAUGGUGUAAACACUGGUAUUGGCGCUACUACGUUAAAGGAACACUUAUACCAUAGUAUAUUUUGACUCCGGUCUUAAGAAUGUGUCUGGCCUACCCAAAUAAAGUUCUAAUAAACACCUGAAGUCUACACAUAAACUUGUUCAUAUUUGAUGUUUUUUUGUUCUUCCAUCUUGGGUGUGCAAAAAUU